UCUCGCAACGCGGUGAACUGUCCAAAAUCCGAUGGCGCUAUCAUCUUCUCUUCUCAAUUGCGUCCCUCAACCGCUUAUUUCUCCCGUCACAAGACGCCGUUUUUUCCCCCUCAAAGCUUCAAGCUUUGCUUCUGUAACUGGCGCUUCUCGUACCAAACGACUCGCCCCUAUCGCUUUCUCGGCGAGAACUCUUUCCCUGCAAACCGAAAGAGUGACAGAAGGAGAAGAGGAGCUUGACGGCGUUAACAUUGCCGAGGAUGUCACUCAGUUGAUUGGGAGGACACCGAUGAUAUAUCUCAACACAGUUACAGAGGGCUGUGUGGCAAAUAUCGCUGCGAAACUUGAAUCCAUGGAACCUUGCCGAAGCGUCAAGGAUAGAGUUGGGUAUAGUAUGAUAACUGAAGCUGAAGAAACUGGAUUAAUCUCACCUGGGAGGAGUAUAUUGGUUGAACCUACUACUGGAAAUACUGGUCUUGGUAUUGCUUUUGUUGCAGCAACAAAGGGAUACAAACUUAUAGUCACCAUGCCAGCGUCCAUAAAUCUGGAAAGAAGGAUUCUUUUACGUGCAUUUGGAGCUGAAAUUGUUUUGACAGACCCAGAGAAAGGUCUAAAUGGGGCUGUUCAGAAAGCUGAGCAAAUUGUGCUUCGCACGCCAAAUGCAUACAUGUUUCAACAGUUUGAUAAUAGAGCCAAUACAAAGAUCCACUUUGAAACUACUGGACCAGAAAUAUGGGAUGACACUUUGGGUAAUGUUGACAUACUUGUUGCUGGAAUUGGAACUGGUGGUACUAUAACAGGCACAGGACGCUUCUUGAAAAUGAUGAACAAAGAUAUUAAGGUAGUUGGGGUGGAGCCAGCGGAGAGGAGUGUAAUUUCAGGAGAAAACCCAGGUUAUUUGCCAGGCAUCUUGGAUGUUAAAUUGCUUGAUGAGGUUGUCAAGGUGACCAAUGAUGAAGCUGUUGAAAUGGCUAGGAGUCUAGCAUUGGAGGAAGGUUUACUGGUUGGCAUUUCAUCUGGAGCUGCUGCAGUUGCAGCAAUCUGUUUGGCACGAAGGCCGGAAAAUGCUGGGAAACUUAUUGCGGUUAUAUUUCCGAGCUUCGGAGAGAGAUACAUUUCUACUGUUCUUUUCCAUUCUAUCUAUGAAGAGGUUCGAAAUAUGCAACAGAGAUAGUCGGAAAUGCUUAGACGAUGAGCCUUUCUGAAAAUUAAGUUAUUUUUGUUCCUUAAGGGGAAAAGUGGCCAUCACAUUGCGUCAGACAGCUACAAAUUUGAUAUUAUGGCAUGGAGCUUAAUCCAAGUCACUGAUGAAUGUGGAGUAGCAAAACUUUCCUUAUGCCACAACAUUCCAUUGUGUGGGGCAUUCUGUUCUCAAUUAGUUGGACGAUGACUUGUUCUUUCAUUUUUUCUUCAUGGGUGGGUUAGUAUUCAUUGGUUUAGAUGUCAGGUGCCUUAAUCCUACUUGAUUCCAAACUGUUAUUCUUCUGAUGGUUUGAAGUUUGAAUCUUAUAAAAUCAUUUCAUUACUUGAUCAAUAUUGUUGAUUGUGACCAA